AUGGCAGAUGGACGGGACAAGGCAGGUGCGCUUAGUCACACCGUUCGUGAUAUUCUCUCCCACAUCGAGGGCCUCCACGCCGUGCCCGCCGCCGUUCUUGGACCCGCUUAUCCUUUGACUAUCAUCACAGCAGCCUGA